AUGAGCGCCCAGGGGCCCGCGUGCGCCGUGGGGGAGCCGGCGGCGGCGGCGGCGCCGCCGGCCGUGCGGUCCCUCCUCCGCCACGUGCAGCUGGAGAACCUGGCGGCGGGGCUGAGCGGCGGCGUCGUCUCCACCCUGGUGCUCCACCCGCUGGACCUGGUCAAGAUCCGCUUCGCAGUAAGCGAUGGAUUGGAGCUGAGGCCAAAAUACAAUGGGAUUCUCCACUGUAUGACCACUGUCUGGAAGCAUGAAGGACUACGAGGCUUAUAUCAAGGGGUAACUCCAAACAUGUUUGGAGCAGGGGCUUCCUGGGGACUUUACUUUUUCUUUUACAAUGCCAUCAAAGCUUACAAGAAGGAAGGGAAGCUGGAAAGUCUAAGUGCAACCGAACACCUAGUGUCAGCUGCAGAGGCUGGAGCCAUGACUCUCUGUAUUACAAAUCCAAUAUGGGUAACGAAGACACGACUUGUGCUACAAUACAACGCUGGUGUUGAUCCAUCGAAGCGGCAGUACAGAGGAAUGUUUGAUGCUCUUAUAAAGAUAUACAAGACGGAGGGUAUACGUGGCUUAUAUAAGGGAUUUGUGCCUGGUCUGUUUGGAACUUCACAUGGAGCACUUCAGUUCAUGGCCUAUGAGGAUUUGAAACUGAGAUACAACAAGUAUAGAAACAGAGGAUCAGAUACAAAAUUGAACACUGUGGAAUACAUAAUGAUGGCAGCUGUAUCCAAAAUAUUCGCUGUGUCAGCAACAUAUCCCUAUCAAGUUGUGCGAGCUCGUCUUCAAGAUCAGCAUAAUACGUAUUCUGGUGUGUUUGAUGUGAUCCGCAGGACGUGGAGGAAAGAAGGAAUUCAUGGAUUUUACAAAGGAAUUAUCCCCAAUGUGAUCCGAGUGACUCCUGCCUGCUGUAUUACCUUUGUCGUUUAUGAAAAUGUGUCUGGUUUUUUACUUGAUUUUAGAAAAGAAAAUAAUUAAAGGUACGAGCUUUUGUUCAUAAGGAAUCUAUCCUUUAUUUUUUGUAUUUAUGAUCUGGGAGAGAUUUAGUUCAACAGUCUUUCUUGGCACUAUGAAUUGCUCUAGUAUUUUGAGGAAAGAACCUGGAGAUAGUAAAACCCUGCCAACAUCUCUUCUGCUGAAUGUUCCUGCGUUGCUGCCUUCCUCUCUGAAUCAGCUGUGUCUGCUUGAAACAGAUGUCUCUGCAACUGUGAAAUAAUAGCACUGUGACUGGGUGAAGGCAGCUGUGCAGCAAUUCAGUUCAUCCCGGCCUGCCUGGAAUAACAGACUAACCUGUUUUGACAAGUCUCAAGAUAACAGUUGGUCAGAUUCUACUCCUACAGAAGUGGAAAGCUUCAUAUAAAAGCAACUCUGGGGUCUGUCAAAACUUUCUUAAAUCUUUAUCUGAGUCUCAUGAGGAAAGUAUGUAUGUAGUUGUUUACAGCGAUGUCUUCUGAAUCCACCUCUGUGUUAUUUGUCAGAUUUUAGGAUGUGGAAUGCUCCAAAUUCCAUUGCUCAUCCAACACAAAAAUGCUGCCUCAGUGGGGUGCAGUUUGGAAACUCAAAUUGUUUUGUAAAACAGCUGUCCAUUCUUGGGUUUGAAUAAUUGCCAAUCUGAUGAAACCCAGUUCUUGUCUCAUACCAGGACAGACUUGCAUUGUGGUUUUUGGCUUGCUUUUAGCACCAGACCAAAGUGUAUGUUGUGUGCAUCGCUGGCCACUUAAUUCAUUUUCUCUCUCUUCCCUGCUUUCCCUCCCUUCUCUCCCCUGUCUCUCUCUCUGAGCGAGAUUCUGUCUCCACUACUGAUACAUCUGACCAAAUAUUACUAAGUAAAUGCAUAUUCAAAAGUAGGCUUACAUUUUAAAAAUGAGGGUUUUUUUCUAGUAAUCCCAUAGUGAUGCAGUUUUCAAACCACUGUAAUAACAAAUAUGACCAUGCUUAUUUUCAAUAAUAUUCUCUGGGAAAAAAAAAAAUUCCGUAAGUACUCUAAAAAAUAUUGUGCACAGGACUUUCUUGAAAAAAACAAAACGAUCUGGUAGUGUCUUCUGAUUUGGUCUAAGGAAAGGACUGUAAGAAUAUAUUGAUUGCUAACUUAGUGAUAAACUAAAUUACAGUAUAUCUCAGUAAAUUUGUAUGAUGUUUGUUUGCAUGCCAAUCAUUGCUGUCAAGGAUAUGUACUUUUUGGAGAUCUGGGUUUAUUUUUUCAGUUCUUCUUUAAGAAAAUCCAUAAUUGGCCAUAACAUCUGCCUUCUGCUCUUAGUAAGAAGGUAUUAAGAAGUAUCUAGAAAGUAUCACUUAAGGAGGAAAUAAGUUAGCAAAGAUUAUUUAACAGGUAGAGGGAAAUAAUCAGUUUUGUAAGGAGCAGAGAAUACUAUCCAGCAAAACACCUGAAUAAUCACUUAGAGAACUUUCCUGUUUAACAGAAGACUAACCUAAAGCAGAAAUAAGGCUUUUUUAUAAAAAUUUAACAGAUUAGGGAAUUGGUUUCAAUUUUAAGUUAAAAUCUGGAAGACUACAGAAACUGCUCAGUAUUUUGAAUCUUAAUUCAGCAAUCCACUUGCUUGUUUCUGUUGAUACUAUUGCCACAUGCCACAUUUUGUGUAUACUUAACUUUAUUAAUAGUUUACACUUUCUCCUCCACGAUCCCAUUGCGUGUACUGAUACAGUUGAUAAUCUCAUCUGAAAAGGGCAUGUGGCCAUUAUGGCUGGCUUUGGUUUUUAUUAUGAAAGUUCCCAUGUGUAUUUAGCUGAAGAUCAACUUUACUGGAAGAUGGCCAUGCAAAUUACUGUAUAGACCCUGAAAGCUACUAACUUUGUCUGCCUUUGGAGGGUGUUUACUUGGUUUUGUGUGUUUUCUAGUAGGCAGAAUGAAUUUAACGGAACACCGAGUUAACUCUGCCACCCAGGGUCCAAAAAAUAUUGUGAAGACAUAUGAAUAAAUCAUAAGAAAAAAUAAAAGUUGUACAUUUACUACCCUGGAUUGGUGUGCUCUGGGCCCAGAACAGCUUACUCGUGCUCCAGGAUAAAUGCACAGACAGGCUACGAGCAUGUACACAAUCAGUUACUGUAUGUUAACUGACAUUCUGUAAAUUCACAUCGUAGCUUAGCUCAUAGUAACUUGUUUGUGUUCAGAUACCUUAAAACCCAUCGUCCAAGCCAAUGAAAACAGUACAGUUCUUCAGAGACAAAAUACCAGCUGUACAGUUUGCUGGCUCACAGCAGUAUCACACACAAGCUUGCAGUUGGGAAAGCCUGAAUGCUCUCCUAGCUGCAGGUGUGUUCCUCUAGCAUUUUAACAAAAGCUGCAGACAAGAGCUACCAAUUUGAGAGAUGCCUGGGGAAAAUCUUACAGCCUGUUCAGAAAAAAAGCUGAGAUUUAAUCCUAAAUAGCUGAAAUAAACUCCUUAUCUCAGAUGUAAUGUUUUUUUCCUUUUAAUUUCUGGGAAGAGUGUAGAUUUCUGCAUGUUGUACAUGCUUUUUCUUGGUUUUUUUUAAUUUCAUUAAUGUAAAAUUGAUUUUGUAAUAUAAACAUGACUAUUGUUUCUCUUUAGAAUCUGUACAAUUUUUUAAAAUAUUUGAGUAUAUCACUUGUUGCAUUUGGAAGAAAAUACUUAAAACACUGAAGCUAAUGCUGUGCUGGCAUGAUCAGUGUUGUCACUUGUCCAGUCUGGAGGUUGCAGUCAAAUAGCUGUGACAUCAUUCUUCCACUUUACCAGUACACUUUUUGAAAGCCAAGGCAUUUCAACCUGCCUUAUUUCUAUAUCUUCCAAAAUAUUUAAUAUGUCUAGCUUUUAAUUAACACCAAAGCGAUUGUAUAUAUCUGAAAGGCUAAAUCCAGGAGAAUUAUUUUAUUGGAGCAAUUAAAUUAAGUUUUGUAACUGUAAAAUUGAAAUUUAGCAUUUGCAUGCUAAUAGUGGAGACCAGUAAUAGAUGUUUGUACUGAAAUCCAGUCUUAUCAAGAAGCAAAAGAGGGAGGGAGAGCUUAGAUGAUAGUCUAUAUUUGCGUAGUUAUUCAGAACGAGGUAUUUAACGCUUAGCAUAUCAUCUAGGUCACAGUUAAGUCACCAGGAGUUUGUUGAGAGACUAAAGACUGUAACAGCAGAGCAUCCUAUUCUGUAGUCAGGUUUGCAGGAGUAGAUGUUACCUAUGUUUUCUGAAGGCUAAAGCCAAGACCUGAGUUUACCUUCUUAGACCUUUCUAUGAAGUCUUCUAAAAAAAUUAAUUGUGUAUCAUAACACCAUGUAAAAUACCUUAAACAGUUUGAUGAUUAAUAAAACAGCCUGGAUUUUUUUUUUUAAAGG